AGUAAUUUAAAGGUGCUUCCAAGUUGUGAGAAUCAAGUUGGAUUUCAAGUUCUUAAUAGCUUCAUUUGCUUGGAAGUUUUGGAUCUCACUAAAUGCAUGUCUAUGGAAAGAUUGGACCUUUCAACUUUGAAGCUUUUAAGGAAAGCAAGUGUUAGGAAAUGCAAGAAUCUAGUCGAAAUUAGAGGCCUUGACAGCUUGGUAUACUUGGAGAGGUUGGAUAUCUCUGAGUGCACAUCCAUUAAGAGACUGGAUAUUGCAAAAUUGAAGUUUCUGAGAUAUUUUUGGGCUUCCAAAUGCAAGAAUUUAUCUAAAGUCCAAGGCCUUGAUGUCUUGGAGUGCUUGGAAUGGGUGGACAUCUCUGGGUGCACAUCGAUUGAAAUAUUACCAGACCUUUCAUGCUACAACACCCUGAAGUUUCUGAACAUCAACCACUGCGAGAAACUACGUGAUAUUCUGGCCCUGGAGAAAUUCUCAUCCUGCCAAUGGCUCUGCAUUGAUGGAUGCAAGUCCCUAGAGAAACUGCCAAACCUUUCAAAAUUUGAAGGUUUGAUAGAGUUGAUAGUGAAAGAUUGUCAUGAACUUCUGGAUAUGUCAGAGCUUAAAGAGUUGAGAUCAUUAGAAUUUAUAGAUAUGUCAAGAUGCAAGUCCAUUGAGCAUCUGCCAGAUAUGUCGAUGUGCAAGAACUUGAAAUGUUUGGUUGUAAGAGACUGCGAGAAACUUAUUGAGCUUAUGGGACUUGGAGACUUGGACACGCUGUGGCAAGUGGAUAUUUCUGGAUGCAAGUCACUGAAACAAAUACCAGAAUUAACUGGAGCACACAUCAUGCAGAAUUAUGGCGAACCUAUGUUUCAUCCCUUGUAUGGGACUAUCACUUUCAGCUGAUAUGCUGCACAUAGUUCUACUGCCAUGUCAAAGUUGAGAGAUUAAAAAGAAGUUCAAGGAACCAGGAGACUCCAAGAACAUAUGGAAAGCUAGCUGCCUUGUCGAAGAACAUUUUUCGACAUAGCCACUGGUAUUGUGUACCAGCUACGGGAAACCAUAUAUGGCAAGAAAAUAUCUUUCUAAGACACUAGAUGCUAUCAACUCGCGAUUCUCCAGUUGCUGACUUGCAAUUGGCAAAAGUGGCUCCAACCAUUCUGGAUUGAGAAAGAAGCAAUUAGAGUGGAACUGAAUAUUUUGCAUCCUCUGAUACGCGAAGAAGUGUGAGAAGUUCACUACAUAUCUGCAGAAAUUUUUGAGAGAUAUCAUUUCUGUCUGAAUGGACCAUUCCAAAUCUUGUAUUGACGUGAGGGGAAGACAAACAACUCAGGUAUGUUAUAAACUGCUUCUGAGGCUAUAAAUUACUAUUAACUCUAAUUGCCACCUGCAUAAGAAGACCGGUUUAUUAAAGAUCUCACGUUCCCAUGUGUCCAAACUUGUUCAGAAAGAUGUGCACUUUACCCUGUAAAGCAUAUGCUCCACUUUUAGUUCAUUUAUUAGAGAUCUUCUAUCUGUUCUGGCUUAUAAUUUUCUCAACAAGAAGAGAGAGUGUAAGCAAUGGUGCUGAUGCCAGCAAUUCAGGCGCCGUGGGAGCAUCCACUUGUCCAUUCAUCUCUCCAAGUGGUGUGGGAAAUGACUGCAACAAAGUGUUCUUGAGCUUUAGAGGCACAGAUGCUCACACAGGAUUCACAAAUCAACUCUACCAUUCGCAAACUUGUGGAUGUAGGCACUGUGCCAGCUCAUGUUCAGAGAUGAUAAAGACCUCCAAGUCGGCAAGGAGUCUGGGUCAGAGCUUCUCAGCGCAAUCAUGCAGUCUAAGAUCACGGUACCAAUUAUCUCUCCCAAUUAUACUUCCAAUAAAUGGUGUCUUUGUAAGCUCAUUCAAAUGAUGGAGCAGAGAAACAGAGGAAAGUCUUGCUGAUGUUUUACAAAGUCGAUCCCUCACAUGUGCGGUACCUGAAAGGGAGUUUUCGCAAGGCCUUCCGCUCACCCAAAAAGCAUUUUGAUGCGAAGGCUGUCAAGCCAGGGCAGCGAGCUCUCCGGCAGUGAGUUUCUUAUACAGAUGGGAAUAAGAAAAAAUCGCUAAUGGGUACCUUCGUUUCCGUUGAACCUUGCGUACUUUCUUUCAACAAGAUCUUACUGGGGGUAAAAGAAAGACAUUAUUUCGUUGCCAUAAUCAUCCUGAACUCUUGCCCGCAGAACCAGGACAACCUAUGUACAAAAAUUUGCUGUAUUCAUCCUUCGUCCAUAUUUUCACCCUAGGAAAGCGUGUGUGAUUUCUCUGUGAUUAUAUUUCUCGUUUUUGCGGUCAGCUUUGCAGACGCGACAGCAUUGAAAAGGAAAGCGCUGGGCAAGACAUCAAAUCAUCUCAUUGCUGAAUUGAGGAGUCUAUGAAAAGAUUGUAAGUACCCAACAUGAAUUCGUUACCAAAGAUAUACUUCCUUAAGCUAAAUGGGGCCCACACGGAAUGAAUAGGAAAGCAAUGGCCAAUUUAGGAAAUAAGGAAGGAAUGCCUCGUGUUGACGAGAACUCCGUUGGCGCAAAUGAUAAGGUACUUGGCUCCCUCAAGAGCAUUAUGUCGCGAGUUGGAUUAUUCGAGAUUGUUUCCUUUGGCCAUCCACAAGAGUCCCAAAACCGUGCAAUGCUAUGAUUACCGGUGUGGUGGAGAUAGGUAGCUUGCCAUAUAUUGGGAUAGAUUUCAUCAAUUCAUGGUCACUAAAUUUAGAAGAUACGCACAAUUUGAUUGGCGAACUUUGAUUUCGAUCGUUGCAUGCGCUGAACUUUAAGUGCUUUUCUUUUGCAAUCCAUGCACUUUGAUUGGAAACUA